UGUUAAUAAGACCAAGGCAAUAAGGGCAAGAUUCAGGGCAAGAGACAUGGUUGAUGGAUCUUUCUUAGGGGAUUACACAAGAAUAUAUGAUUACUGUCAUGAGCUACUUAGAGCUAACCCAGGGUCCACUGUGAAACUUAAUGUUGAACCAGUUCAAGAAGGUGUAGAAGAUCAAAGACCUUAUUUUAAAAGGAUGUAUGUUUGCUUUGCAGCAUGUAAAGAAAGCUUCAAGUUGUCUAGACAUAUCUUAGGUCUAGAUGGCUGUUUUUUGAAGGGCUUAUGUGGUGGGCAGAUUCUUGCUGCAAUAGGUAGGGAUCCAAAUGAUCAGAUGCUCCCAGUUGCCUUUGCAGUUGUGGAAGGAGAGAACAAGGAUAGUUGGACCUGGUUUCUGCAGCUCUUGAUUGAGGAUUUAGGAGGUCAAGAAGAUUGCCUUACAUACACCUUCAUUUCUGACCAACAAAAGGGUCUACUACCAGCCAUGGAUGAACUUUUGCCAGGUGUUGAACAAAGAUUCUGUGUAAGGCAUCUUUACAACAACUUUAGGAAGAAGUUCCCUGGAAAAAUGUUAAAGGAUGCCAUAUGGAAGGCUGCAAAGACAACAUAUGUACAAGCUUGGGAAAGAGAAAUGAGGGCUAUGAGGCUUAUCAAUGGUGAGGCAUAUCUGCAUAUGUUGAAGACAUCUCCCAGAUUCUGGAGUAAAUCACAUUUUAAGGUAACCAACAAAUGUGACACAUUACUCAACAACAUGUCUGAGUCAUUCAACAGUGUGAUACUUGAGUCAAGGUCCAAGCCUCUUAUAACAAUGAUUGAAGAGAUCAGAACUUAUUUCAUGGAGAGGUGGGCAACCAACAGGAUGAGGUUCCAAAAUCUGUCUGAUGAUGCAGUGCUACCAAACAUAAGAAAGCAAGUGGAGAAAACUAGUACAUGCACAAACAAUUGGAUUGUAAGGAUGUCUGAUGAACAUAUAUUUGAAGUUAAGCAUGUGCAAGAUCCAAAUGAGAUGUUUACAGUGAACCUGAAAGACAGCAAAUGCUCAUGUAGGAGGUGGGAACUAACUGGUUUGCCAUGUGUGCAUGCCUUGUCAUGCAUGAAGAGUAGGAACUUCAAAUUUGAAGAUUAUAUUCCUGAGUACUAUAAGAAGAGCAGGUACAUUGCAGUAUACAAACCAGUCAUUUACCCUGUUAAUGGUUCAAACCUAUGGGAAAAAACACAAUACCCAGAUGUGCAUCCUCCAAAGUACAGAAAGAUGCCUGGAAGACCAAAGAAGAAAAGGAAUCUGGAACAAGGAGAGAUAGAUGGGUCUGACAGAAAACUUAGGAGAACUGGGCUAAUUGUGAAGUGCAGUAGAUGCAAGAAAUCUGGGCACAACAAAGCCACAUGUAAGGUAACAGGGCCAACACAAACUACUGAAUCUACUCAACAAAACUCAACACAAACUACUCAACAAGCUUCUCAACAGGUUUCUACUCAGCCUACUCAACAGCAACCAACACAAGCUUCUCAGCCUACUCAACAGCAACCAACACAAGCUUCUCAGCCUACUCACCAGCAACCAACACAAGCUUCUCAGCCAACUCAACAGCAAACAACUCAGCCUUCUCAGACAUCCAGAAGCAGACAACCUGCUGCUCAGAAGGCAAAGAAAUUAGGAGUGAGAAGGGCACCAACACCUUGGGUACCACCUGGACCAACCACAAGAUUAGGAGCAUCAAGAAUUGGCCCAACUACUAGAAGGACAACUCCAACAAAGAGAAACUCAUCCAAGAAGAAUGUUUAGAAUUUUUAGGAUAUUUAGAUUGUUUAGACUGUUAGUUUCAUAUUUUGGCAGUGUCGCUUUUGGAACA